UUCAGUUACUCUAUAAAAAUUCAGGUUCUGACGUGCUAGCUUUAGCCUCCAACACUGCUCAUAAGAUAUGGAAAUGGACAUGUAAUGAGUGGAAUCCAACCUCUCAGAUGCAACAAUAAAUGUUCCAUCUUCGCUCGCACAGCUAGGUAGUGAGUCUAUGACCAAUGACAUAAACACAGAAAUCCAGGAAAAGCAAUCUCAUGCAUUGCUUUGUCAAACAAUGAUCAAUUCCUGUUAUCUGCUUCUGGUGGAGUGGUGUCAAUAGUUAACAUGAUAACUUUUAAGACUGCAAAACACGAUAAACUUGCAAACAAUUUAAAAGAACUUUAUGAUAUGGUAGAAAUAUGCCUUCCAGUUGAUGUUCAUCUCCAAGUUCGUGGUUUCUUGGUGAUCAAUCCAAGAUUCUUUAGUGCAUAUCAUGCAAAAUUCUAUGCAGAAUCUGGAGACCUUGUUGACUUCUUCCCCAGCAGCAGCAGUUUUUUCUUUUUACCCAAAUGAUGGAUUGAAGGACAAAAAUAUUCCUAUAUUCUAUCUCAAGCUGAGCAAGAAAGUAAUGCUGGAGGGACAUCAAAAGAAAAUCACUGGUCUGCUCUGUGCCUGGAACAUAGAUGGAUGGGAAAAACACAGAGAAACAAUUGUAUCUCCACACAAGGAAGGGUCACCAUCACCAGUUGGAAUUAGCAAUAUACAGUUUCAUAAAGACCAGAUUCACUUGCUAGCUGUGAAGGAGAGCCAGCUGGCUGUUUAUUGUGCUUGGAUAUUGGAACAGAUGUGCAGAUGGGAACCAAAGGAUUCGAUGGCUACACCUAUUUCAAAUGCCACAUGCUCAUGUGACAGCCACCUAGUCUAUACCAGUUUUUGUGAUGGUGAAGUUGGUGUAUUUGAUGCAGAUGUCCUCAUGCCCUACUGCGAUAUCCCUCCUUAUGCAUUUUUACCAUCACGCACAAGAAGUGGCAAUGUCUACCCUCUUGCGAUUGCUGCACACCCCCUUGAGCCUCACCAGUUUGCUAUUGGAAUGACUGAUGGGGGCAUUUAUUUGACUGAGCCUUUGGAAUCUCAAGAUAAACGUGUUGUAGGCUCAAGGGAGAAUGAACCUGUUAGUUCAGAUCCAGCAAUUAUCAACCAUGGCUCAGAAUCACAAGGAUAGCAUAGAAAUACUACGACAAAAUACCAAGAAGCUAUUGCCAACUUUUGUAUCCCACCAAUUUAAAUAUGAGGUUAAUAAUGGAAGCAUUUUUCAGGGGCAUUUCUUCUGUAAAUUAAUUUACCAUUUAGCAGAGGUUCCGCUGUUGUUUCUUCUU